AUGGAACACGUGUCUGUAAAAAGGGGAUGUUGUGCAUUGGUCAGAAAAGAAAAUCAAAAUGGAUCCGAAGGUGAUGACUCAGCUGUUAAUUCAGGUCAUAAGCCAGCUGCUGAUUCAGGUGAUCACCCAGAGGGACACGCUAGACGACAUAACACAAAACUGAUGAGCACACAAAAUGAAGAAAAUUGCACUAAAAGUGUCAAUUGCAACGGAACCAAUUUAAACAUAUCCAUAGAGAACGUCCAAAGGAAUGAAAUCAGACAUUUCUAUUUGAGUAGGGCUAACAAUUUCGUGAAUGAUGAUGGGUUGCAGUGCAAAAUUAUAUUAGCUGUUCAUUGUAGCGAAGAAAAUGUUGUCUUUUACUUAUUUUGUAUUUCUCCAUUUCAAACAUACAGUAGUAAAAAAAAAAAAAUAAAAAAUAAAGAAUUUGUCUUACUUAAUGAUAAGAUGUGUGACAAUUCUCACAGAAAACGCAAAAAUAUCCGAGCCUUUACAAAUGUAAAAGUAGAUAUAAAAACUGAAGAAAAUAAACACACACGUGAAUAUGCAAAUCAAAAUUUUUGCAUUCAAGAAUUAUUCACAGACAAUGUGCUUUAUGUCAUUGAAUAUAAACUCUGGUCAGAUUAUCAUAACUCUUUUUUGCAUGACAAUUAUGCUUCCUCCAAAAGCUCUGCAUGCUGA